UUUUUCUCGCGGAAAGGGUUGCUCGGUGUGAAAAUUUUGCCGACAGAUGUCUUCAUAGUCAGUUCGGUCAGCGAGAACGUCUUGUUCGUAUGUGUUUGCACUUAUAUGUAACAUGGCUACAAGUAAUACGGAAGAAAUCAAGGAGAUUGAACGGAAGGAGCAAGGAGUAAUAAAUUUUGAUGAAUUUCCACCAGAAGUUUUGAUUAAACAUCCGCUUCAACAUACUUGGACACUUUGGUACUAUGAACCAGACAAAAGUAAAUUAUGGGAGGAAAGUCAACGUGAGAUUACCAGUUUUGAUACUGCAGAAGAUUUCUGGAGUUUAUACAAUCACAUAAAGCCUGCAUCAGAGUUAAGACAAGGUUGCGAUUAUAGUAUGUUUAAACAAGGAAUCCGACCAAUGUGGGAAGACGAUGCUAAUAAAUUAGGUGGACGAUGGCUUAUUAAUUUAGAUAAGAAACAAAGAGCUAUGGAUUUAGAUCAUUUUUGGCUAGAAAUUCUUCUGUGUAUGAUCGGAGAAGCAUUCAAUGAAUACUCAGAUGAUGUAUGUGGCGCUGUUGUUAAUGUUAGGUUAAAAGGUGAUAAAAUUGGUGUAUGGACAGCUAACUCCAAUUGUGAAGAAAGCGUUAUGGAAAUAGGACGUAAAUUAAAAGAAAGAUUGAGGAUUACACCCAAAGUAACUAUAGGAUAUCAAGUACAUAAAGAUACUAUGAUCAAGAAAGGAAGUCAAACAAAAAAUUCGUAUACGGUCUAAUUAUAAUAUGUCAAGAAUUCUUAACUUCAUUUAAAAAUUUCAUUGUUAUAUUGGUCAUUGAAUAACAGGUAUUUAACAAAAUUUUCAUUAAUAUUGAUUUAAAUAACAGUAUAUAUAAUCUAUUAAUCAAUUUGGUUAAAAUGAUGAAAAAAUAUUUUUUGUUUCUUUUUCUAAAUCGUAACUUCAUAUCCGAAAGGUAAUCGAACGAAGGUUAAAAUAAAUAAAUAUUAAAUUGUAACAAAUUAAUAUCAUAUAAAUGUAUAAAUACAUAGCUUAGAGGUAGUUUAUGAAAGAUACGCGCAGGCUGCUGUAUUUUUCUACUUUCCACAUUUGUCACUUUACAUAUGAUUUCCAGUUUGCAUGAAAUAAAGCUCGUUUCUAUUAUUAUUUCAAAAAGUAUUGUGGUUUAUUUUGCUUGUUUGUUUCUCCUAAAUAAGGCAUAUCGAAUAGUUAACAUUAAAAUUUUAACAUUUGUUAAUUAGAUUACCAACGAUCAAUGAAAUGCAGCAUCUUGCUUUAUUCUUCUAAAACGUAUUAAAGAUGUGUGAUGUUUACACAAUUGUUUGACAUACAACAAUUAUAUUUAAACCUUUCUUAUAUAAAGUAUAUUUAAAGAAAAAAAUAUAUAUAUAUUGCUA